AUGAUCCAACGAUACACAUUGAAAACCGAUCCGUUAACAAUUGUUGUUCAGUACUUAGAUGAUGUAAAAUUAGGAGUACCAUCAAAUAAAACACCAGCAGCAGUGAUCCAAGAAAUAGAAAAACGUGUACAACGUGAAACAAGUGCACAAGUCUAUCGAGAUUUAAUAUGUACAUCAGAAGGCGUUUCGACAAUUCACAACAAACGUCAAGUUCAGUAUCGCCGACAAAAACAGCUUAAUCAGUUGAAAUUAACACACGAUGAAAUAACUUUAUGUGCACCACCACUGGCAUUAUCGUCAAAAAUCGAUCAUAGUAAAAAAUUAUCAAUAUUUUCCGAUAAAUGUCAAAAGAAUGCCACAUAUGAUAGCACAACAACUGUAACAAAAUUAUCACAAUCAACAAGUGAGCCAAUAGAAUUAUAUAUUAGUUUAUUAAAAAUAAAAGAUAAAGAAACAAUAUUUGAUACACUUGUUAAAGAAUUACAAUAA